AUGUCCAUCGCUCCAACUCAGCCAGCAGAGCUCAAGAAAAAGCCAGUGUCGUUCUCCAACAUCCUGUUGGGUGCAGGUCUCAACCUCUGCGAGGUUACGACCCUGGGGCAGCCUCUGGAGGUUACCAAAACCACCAUGGCUGCAAACCGUAACUUGAAUUUUUUGCAAUCGGUUAAACACAUCUGGUCUCGUGGCGGUGUUUUCGGCUUCUACCAGGGUCUAAUCCCUUGGGCUUGGAUCGAAGCGUCCACUAAGGGCGCGGUUCUGUUGUUCGUCUCCGCGGAGGCCGAGUACCAGUUCAAGAGUCUGGGUCUAGGCAACUUCGGUGCCGGGAUUAUGGGUGGUGUGUCCGGUGGUGUUGCGCAGGCUUACCUAACUAUGGGCUUCUGUACUUGCAUGAAGACCGUUGAAAUCACCAAAGCCAAGUCUGUUGCGGGUGGUGCUCCCCAAUCGUCCUGGGCAGCCUUCAAAGACAUUUACCGCAAAGAGGGUAUUAGAGGUAUCAACAAGGGUGUCAAUGCCGUGGCCAUUAGACAGAUGACCAACUGGGGGUCUCGUUUCGGGCUUUCAAGAUUGGUUGAAGAGGGAAUCAGAAAUGUUACUGGUAAGACCAACCCAGACGAGAAACUUUCGCCAUUGGAGAAGAUUUUCGCUUCUGCCGUUGGUGGUGGUUUAAGUGCUUGGAACCAACCUAUUGAGGUCAUCAGAGUCGAAAUGCAGUCUAAGAAAGAGGAUCCUAACAGACCUAAGAAUUUGACAGUGGGCUCCGCCUUUAGAUACAUUUACCAAUCCAGUGGGCUCAAGGGUCUUUACCGUGGUGUCACUCCAAGAAUCGGUCUAGGUGUCUGGCAGACUGUCUUCAUGGUCGGAUUCGGUGAUAUCGCUAAAGAGUUUGUCGGCAAGUUGACUGGUGAGACUCCCGUUGCUAAGCAUUGA